UUACAGUAUUUUAUAAAAUCAUAAACACAAGAUCAGUCAAUCAAUAACAAGUGAAAACCCAAAUAAGUUAAAAGCAAACAACAAUAAGCAAAAUUAAAUGUUCAAAAUGCCAGCAAAAUACACUGCUCUUCAAUAAGAGCAUGAUUGGUAUCCAGUGAUGAUCUUAUAGACAGUAGUUCUCAGCCUGUGGGUCCCCAGAUGUUUUGACCUUCAACUCCCAGAAAUCCUAACAGCUGGUAAACUGGCUGGGAUUUCUGGGAGUUGUCGGCCAGAACACCUGGGGACCCACAGGUUGAGAACCACUGUUAUAGAGGAAUAUUCCAAAGAUAUUAUAAGGGAACAAAGACUGAAAGAGGUGUAGUUGUGGGGGUCUACUACAGAUCUCCAAGCCAGAUGAAAGAACUGGAUGAAGUCUUCCUUGACCAGAUGACCAAACAUGCAGAAAGAAGAGAUAUAGUAGUCAUGGCGGAUUUCAACUACUCUGAUAUUUGUUGGAAAACAAACUUUGCCAAAAUUACAAAGUCCAACAAAUUCUUCACUUGCCUUGCAGACAAUUUUAUUGUUCAGAAGGUAGAAGAGGCAACAAGGGGAUCAGUAUUCUGGAUCUGAUACUAACCAACACUGAGGAUCUGGUCAAUGGAGUGGAAGUCAUGGGAUCCUUUGGCGGGAGUGACCAUGUGCUCCGGGAGUUUGUGAUACAAAGAAAGGAUGAAGCUUGAUUUCAGUAAGGCCUUUGACAAGCAAACUAGUCAAGCGUAGGCUAGGCAAUGCUACUAUUAGGUGGAUCUGUAAUUGGUUAAACGACCGAAUCCAAAAAGUGUUCACCAAUGAUUGUCUAGAUGGCCUUUGGGGACCCCCUUCCUUACCUAUGGUAUUAUAAAACCAUCUGGAUGGUCUUUGAGGGUCCCUUUCCUUAUCUAUGGUCUUCUGAUGGCCUGAUGAGAUCAUCUAGAUGGCCUUUGAGACUCCCUUUCCUUACCGAUGAUUCUAAUGAGACCAUCUAGAUGGUCUUUGGAGGUCUCUUUGCUUACCUAUGGUCUUAUGAGUUCGUCCAGAUCAGGGCUCACCAAACUAAGGCCCAUGGGCUGGAUGUGGCCCUCCAAGGUCACUUACCUGGCCUCUGUCCUAAACUUUAAACUUAGGGUUGACCUAAGUCUGAAAUGACUUGAAGGCACACAACAACAACAAUCCUAAUUUUGGACUAUUUCAUCAUAGUCUGUGGGACUGUGAAUCGGCUAUCCACUUAAAAAGUUUGGGGACCCCUGACCUAGAAUAUCAAGGUGGAAAAUCCCACAAUACCUUAUUUGAACUGGGUUAUCUGACUCCACAUUGCCAUAUAUUCUAGUUCAAAGCAGAUAAUGUGGGGUUUUAUUCAGCUGUGUGGAAGGGGCCUAAGAUAACUGCUGUUGAACUAUACCUCUGCUCUCAAAUAACCAUUGGGUGAGAAAAACAAUUCAACCACACGUGCAAUGUCCUAUAACUGUGGUCACUGAUGCAAAACCACCACAAUGAGCUGGCACCUCUUGUGUCUGGUAUCGUUUGUGUUGCUACAAAUUAAGCCCUAAACUCAUUCUGUAAUCAAAUCCACUCGGACAAAAAGGAAACGAAAGGAGAACUGAAAUUCUCAGCUGAAUUUCCAUAUAAGUAGCUCAACGGUCCCAUUUUGUAAUUCAAGCUUCCACAUCCUGCGACAAACGCUGCCUGUGAAGAAGAGUUAUGGCUUCUGUUGUUUCCUUCCACCACUAUAUCUGUCAUCUAGAUCUCAGCUCCCUGCCUAGAGUGGUGAAGAUCUACUCGGGAGUCUAUUUCCAAGGAUCUGUUUAUGAAGUAUCAGGCAGCGAAUGCUGUUUGUCGACAGGAGAUCUGAUAAAAAUUGUGGAUGUUCAGCUUCAGAAUAUCACCUGCAAAAAUGUGAAUGAUGGACACACUUUUGAACUCCCACUGAAUUUUAAAGGUCUCUUUGAGCCCAGCCAAGACCCUCCGCAUAGAAAGCCGAAGAAACUUUUCCCUUCAGCAAACUCUUUAUCCAGGGCCAGCUAUAAACAAAAGCUGUACACGCUCCAAGAAAUUUUGCAAUCAGAAGCCCUAUGGCAGAAGAGACUGAAGUGUGCUGAAAUUGGCAGCAGCGAGUUUGAAAUCUAUCCUGUGUAUAAAGUCGAAGCAAUCAUGCACUAUAGAAACGAUGUUGUGAAGAUCAACUCUAUGCUGGAUGUUGAGGUGAUUGACAUCACAGAAGAGUCUCAGCACAUCCACUUCAUCAAACCACUGAUGUUGAGUCAAGUCCUGACUAUGGACAAAGUGUUGCCAGUAGAGGCCGAGGUCCUCGGGGCUCCAGUGUCUCCUCCUGUCUUUCAAAGUGAUUGGAUGUCCUACCUAUACAAGGGCUGUAGGAUCCACAUUCACAACCAAGCGUCCUCAUGGAAGAUCCUGGCCACUUCCCGGAAGAGUAAGGGCCACACUGGCCAUUUCCUUAUCUCUAGCAACUACAAAGGCCGAUUCCGUCAAUGUCCCCGCCAGUUCUCUUCUACUUCAGAGCUCGUUCCCGCUUUAGCCACAACCAAGAAAUUGCAAGUAGUGGUCACAAAGGACUACGAAAGCAGUGAUGAUGAUUUUCCUUUGCUAAGCAUAGGAGACCGGCUAGAGUUGCAAACCCUUGUCAGGGCCAGGAGUCCUUCAGCCACGGAUACGUUGGUGUGCUAUCGGGACAAUGGAGAUGAAGACAAGGAGUUAAUUCACUUGCCCCUGUUCUUGGAAGCUGGCUUUGUGGAGGACGUUCGCGACAAGAGGAAAUACACACUUGCUGAAGCAGUUGAACACCUCCGCCUGCCUUGCGAGGUGAAGCUUGUUUCUGGAGAUGGUGCUUUUGACGUUCUCAGCACCGUCUCUGUUCUUACUCUGGAGGCCCAGAUCAAAGAAGACUUUUUCACGGCCAGCUUGGCUAAUGAGCCAGGCCUCACCUUUGAAAUCCCACCCAAGUGGCUGGACAUCUCUCUCUUCUUCACUGGAAGGCCAGUAAGAGCCACACCGCCCAGCAACAUUCCCAGUGUAGAAGAGCUCACCGAGAGCUUUUAUUAUGACUUGUUAAAGCAGUUGCCCAACAACGCGGCAGCCCCUCCGAGACCUCCGAAGCGAAUGAACUCCACACUUGAAAAGCGUCACCAGAAGACCACAGAAGGGAAAACAGCUGGAGAAACCUUUAAGCGCCAGUUCAGUACAUCUCAAAAUUCAAGAUUUCUUGGACCGAAAUCAAGAAGUGCAAGCCACCUUCCCCUGAUCAACCCAAAUGAGUACACCAUUGAAUAUAGACCUGAAAAACUCCAGACGCCUACCAUACCUUGCAAACCCACAGCUUUCCACGAUGAUUCUGACCACGAUUAUGAAGAAAUUAAUGAAGAGGUGAAAGGAAUUGUUCACAAAAUGGGAAGAGCUUCUAUUAAACACUGAGACACUUCUUUCCAAAGUCCCAAUGUUCUCAGAAGACCAGGGGUUUGUUUGCAGAUAUCCUCACAUCUCUAGGUUUUACCUUGAGGACUGAUUUCACUAUUUUGUGUCCCUGAAUGAGUAAAGGGAGGGCUAGAAAUAAGCAAGAUUCAACUCUACAGAACCUAGGCCUCAAUAGGAGAAAGCAGGUUAAUGGGAUUCAGAAUCCCAGACGUAUUUGUCACAUUCAAGAGCUAUAAUGAAUGAAAAUGAUAAAAUAUGGAAUUAGAUUCCAUGAUGCACUUUUGUUUUUAGCAAGCUUGGUUAAGCAGAAGACUAGUUCAAAACUACAAGGAUUAAUUGUGUUUGGCACCACUCAUUUUCUGCAGUGAUAUUAAAAUACAAAUCUUUCCUGUUAGUUGCAUUUCAAGUCUAGAAUGAAUGGAUUUUAAGAUGUCACUUUUGUAUCCUAGCAAAUACAUAAGCAAAUAUUUAUGUACAUAUCAUGCACAAUUGCAGUGUCUGCAGAAAAAAAUUGCUAAUAAAAAUCAAAGCCUAUUGAUUCUGCUGCUCGUAAGGUUUACAAUACAUACUCCAAAAAGUGAUUAAGAGCAAAACAGAUCUGUUUUUCCUAAUUAAAAACAAUUACCCAUGUUUGGAUAAUUAAUUUGGAUAACUAUGAAUUUGUGGCACAUCUAUAACCAUGCAGUAUCCUAUUGACUCUUGACUAUGUAAGAUAAUUACAUAGUACGACUCUCCAGCGAAGAAAGAAGACCAAAAUAACAUCAAAAAAUAGAUUUAUUUCAGGUAUCAGAAGUUUCUUGAAACAAAGGCAUUGUGCACUGAAAUGCAGUAGUGGACACUCUUCUUCAGUAUCAUCAAAAUAUUUUUUCUGAUUAUUGUACAUAUUAAAGCGAACCAAAGUUGAACUCAAACUCCAAAGUGAUGUCAACAAAUGCAAUCUUUCUAAUCUAAACAGAAUCCACUUGAUCUGUAAAAGUGCCCAAAGAAAUACUGUUAGGCUCAUCAUGAUCCCAGCCCAUAACAGAGCAGUCAUUAUUACAGAACUACAACUUAUUCGGCAUCUGUAGAUUUAAAGUGUUCAUCGUCAAUUGUGGAAUAGAUGUGUCCCUCGCUGCUAAGAAACUCAACAGCUUUCCUGGAUGGAAGGAGAGAAAAAAGGAGGAAAGAUUUGUUUUUUUCCACAUAAUAUAAUUGCAUUUUAUGAUUUGCCUUUCCCUUUCCUCAAACGCAAAAUAUUUUUCUUUAGUGAGAAUGAAACUGAAACGGAGAGAAGAGGUAGAACUACCAAACUGUCUUAAUACUUUUAAGGCCCAACAUGGCUUGUUUAAUGAGCUUGCUCUUAAUUCCACUGAAAUUUUGCUAUGUUGAGUUGUCUGCUCAUUGGGGGCCAUUUAGAUUAUACAAUCAGCCCUACAUAUUCAUGGAUGCUGAAUUCAUAUGUUCCACCAUCCCUAGCUUGAAAAUAGCCCUCUCAAAAGCAAACUUUUGAUUUAUCCAUUUUAUAUAAGGGAAACGUUAUUACUACACAGUUGUAUAUAAUGGGUCUUGAGCAUCCCGCAAUUAUGAUAUUAAUGGGAGAAAACAGUUUGCAUACAAAGUGUAAUGGAUACCAAGGGCCAAUUGUACAUGUAUUGAAUUAAAAUAGAAACAGCCAGUGACUAUUAUUCCUCACUUUGGUCCCACGUGUAUGUUUGUUUGGUUUUGUGUCAGCAACUUGAGAAAUUGCAAGUCGCAUCAGGUGUAAGAAAAUUGGCUGUCUGCAAGGACAUUGCCCAGGGGAUGCCUGGAUGUUUUACCAUCCUGUAGGCUUCUCUCAGCUGGAGCUGACAGAUGGGAGCUCCUCCAGCUCCACAGAUCCGAACCGAUCUUUUGGUUAGCAGUCUUGCCAGCACAAAGGUUUAACCCAUUGUGUCACCAGGGGCUUCAGUUCCACAUGGUAACACAAAGAAAAUGGAACACCAUACUCAUAUAACUCUACGGAUACAGCCAAAUAUACCCAAUGAGAAAAGAUGAACUGACAGACUGAUACAGUAUUUUUAAAAGGCUAUAGUAUAAAUAAAAUAAUAUAAAUAAUAAAAUAAUAGUAAUAAAAAGGCUGGUGGGAAGUUGAAGAUUAGAGUGGCAAUCUCCAUUAGGUGUGACACCACUGAAGAAAAGUAAAUCACACUAAGUAAAGGAAUAGCUCUCUUUCUUCAGAAGUUCCAGCUAGUUUUGAAUACAUACUUCAGUGUCGGUAGAUUAAUACUAGGCAACCUGUUCUUCAGAUCUUCGAGACUUAUCCCUUCUGACGAUGUGCAGUUCUGAAUCAAUUUCAGGAUCUUGAAAAAGCAAAAAUCCAGACAGUGUUAUUCAAACACAAAUAAUAUUUGUGAACAAUGCCUAGUGGAAGGCCAAUUAUUCCAUUCAUUUCACAGCAACAGGAUGCAAUGUCAUUCCUCCUGUUAUCAGGAUGAACAUUCUUAAAAAAAUCUACCAAAAAUUAUUCUAAGCUUUCAGCUUUCAACCAUGGAAACUGGUAAAAAAAUAAGAAAAGCCAACAUUUCUAAAUAUAUUAACUUCAUCUCAUCUAACUUUGACAUUUGUAAGAAAGGGAACAAACAUCUACCAAUUUAGUCUGCACAAUUUGAGAAGGCAAUUUAAGGCUCUUCUGUAUAAUGAUAACACAAGGUUUAUACAGAAAUAAUAUGAUACAUCUAUUGCCCGCUACAACAAUAAUAAAGUAUUGUUAUGACAAACUUUAAACCUUUAUUAGGGUAUGGACCAAGCAGGACAUUAUUCUGUUAUUCUUCUUUAACAGGAAAGCAACAUGGUAGUCACUUGCUGUAAAAAAAGCUGGACAGAUCAAGGAUUUUGAUAAUUUAUCUAUGAUGUAUAAUAUAGAUUACUGACUACUGACUUUUGUAUCUUCAAUAGAGAGGGCAAAUGGUUCAAAGUCAGGAGCUGGCAUUCCCAGUCGUAAAUCUAAUGUUAUUUCCAACUAUUUAUUUUUAUUAUUUCCAAUAUUUAUAUCCUGCCCUUCUCACCCGAAGGGCCAAUUGGCAACAAAAUUGGGAUAAAUACUGACUCCCUCAAGACUGUGUUGCUCCUAUGCAUUUCUCACAAAGAAGGAACACAAGACAGGAUAUCCUCUGGGGUAUCUACCUGAGUCUGAUGCAGCGUCAGCCCGCCCGAUGGCAUGGCAUUAUUUCCUUCAUAGGUUGACGUGCUUUCCAUCCCUGUCACAGAAGAUGGCUCUGACAUAUUCACAAACUGAAAUACAGAUUUAAGAAAAGAAAUAAACAUUAACUACAAUCAUGCUGCACAUGUGAAAUUAAGUUUUAGUAUUGAAGGAGAAGAACUAUCCUAAAUUAAUCUGUUGGAAGUUAGUUAAAUUAGAUCCAAGCUAGCUGUUACAGUAUAACCCCCUUGUUGCUACAGCUUUCCUCUGCUCAAUCUUUUGCUCUUCAGGGAAGCUCAGAGUGUGCCUUGUUUUGACACGUACCUUGUGGGCGUGUCUGAGAAUCAUGUGUGCAUUGACAACUUCAAGCAAGUGUGUAGUGAGUUCGUUCAUGUCCUCCAGCGGCAUGAUCUUGAAAGCAACAAGGCUCUUUUUGUUCUG